UGAUGCUAAUUGUUUGAAGUAUCAUUUCGAGUACCGAUAUUGAAAUUCUAGGUCGUGUAAUUAAAAAUUCUCUUUGAUUGAUGGAAAACUCGGGCUCAGAAUUUCCCUUUGACAAAUACUGUCGCCAGGACGAGUAUUUGAGCACCAGGAAUUUCAAUUUCCCGGGGGAGUUUGCGAAAAAGCGUCCUGCUGUUAAACGCGACCCAUUCCAGGCGUACUUUCCAAGCCCGGAUAACGCAGCAUUUUCUUUGGAGCGAUCGCCGUUGGAGAGUUCCUUUGCAAGAUGGAUCAGAAUUCUCGAAAAGCAAAGUCGGCCCGCCACUGCAGUUGCGAACAACCUCCUAAAGGACAAGUACAAGCUGAAAUUCAGCAAAGAAGAUAUCAGGACUAAGCCGAUCCCUCCGAGACACAAUUUAGAGCUGCUCAGAGAACCAUUUGGCGUAAGCACAAGCAAUGGGGAGGCUUUCGGCAAUUUCAAUGACGACCAGCCUCGGCGUGGUAUGAUUCUUCCAAGUAACAAGAUCGACUUUCCCAUCGGGAAAUUCCUGAUGAGAAAUGGGUUUCGCGAAUUUAGCGAGGAGGACGAAGAGUAUCGAAAAAUGAAUCUAAAUCCACCCGCAGAGUUGAUACAAGUGUUCAAAGGAAAUUUCGACAAGGAGGCCAAGUUCCAGAAGGCUUUCAAGGAGUGGAUGGGCAUUCUCACAAAGACGUCACCUGCUCCUGUCGAGAAGAAAAUUGCGAGACAGAAACAAAGGCUUUUGAUUGAGGCACUUAAUGAGAGACCAGCAGAGUCUACUCCUCGUUGGAACGCGAGCAACGAAAAUUGCUACUACUGCAGACGUCCACCAAUUAUGCCUCGACAUCAAAUCAGCCCCCAGCGAGGACCACUCCAGUCUAGCACGCAUUAUGAACGUGAAUUCGCAGACAAGGGCUACCAACUGCGGCAGCCCAUUCCUCCUAGAGACGGUAUAAGCCCUCCUCACGGUGCACUGCGCUUGGCUACUCACUACAGCGACCAAUAUGCGGAGAAGGGCUACAGCCGCAGAGACUACUUGAUUCCUCCGGGUGGCAUUAGUCCACCCCACGGACACAUUUCCUCCAAUACCUGCUACGCUCAGGAGUUUGCGGAGAAGAAUUAUUCCAAGAGAGACCCUACCAUCCGUCCUGACGCAAUGAGCCCACCUCAUGGAGCAGUCAACUCCAGCACAGCGUACGCCGAGUUUUUCCCAGAGAGAGACUACAGUCGUCGCGACACGAUCGUGCUGCCUGGUGGAAUCAGUCCGCCACACGGUGCAAUGCAGUCCGCCACGUCCUACGGAAGGGACUAUCAGGAGUGUGGUCACUGCAGAAGGGGAUACAUCGUGCCUCCAGGAGGAAUAAGUCCACCCCACGGUCCAAUAACCUCUGCCACAAGCUACAACCACGAUUUCAUCGUGAGAGGGUGCUGCCACCGUCAACCAAAGCAGCCCCUGGACACGAUCAACCCACCUCACGGAUACGUUGAAGACGAGACCAGCUAUCGGCAAGCCUACAAGGAGUGUGAGCAUUGCAAAAGUGGCCCAGUUUCUGCCUCGACGUUAGCUGAGAUCGGCUCUCCUGUCAGAAAUACUGCAAGUUUUGACGCAAACAAUCUCACAGCCAUUAUCGAGGAAGAAGUGAAGCCUGUGCCGGAUGCGAGCUUUCCGCAAGAUGAGCACAAGCCAUCAGCCCCUCUGAGCCUGAAUGAUCUGAACGAUGAUCGCGCAAUCAGAGUAGAAAACGGAGGAGCAAUCUGGACCGUGGAGGACGAGCAAGAUUUCAACACUGACAUCUCCAACGAGCCCUUCUUCCAGUACAUAAUGCAAAAGCGGUUGGGUGGUGGUACAAACCAGCCGAGGACGAAACACAAGAAGAGGGCCAGGCGGAAGGUCGAAAGGGUCAAUUCUCCGAUUUCACCUCAAGAGGUGGGCACAUCGCCACCAAGGUCACCAAAUCCUCCUCCGAGGAUGAAGGGCAUUUUCGCAAGUAGCUACAGCAGAGACUUUGUGGCUGGCACCAUGGGCAACUUGCUUUAAUCAAAUAAGUCGCUGGAAUAAAAUUUCGAUCUCAUCUGCAAACACA